AUGAAUCAAAAGGGGAAAAAAAAUACUCUGCAAGGAGGUUGGUUGGCUAAUGUUUCAAUAGCUUCAGUUUUAACAGUUGGCAGUAUAUCGGCACUUGCGGCAGAAAUAGAUGUAACCGAGGAAAAUGUAAAGAAUAAUGUGUAUCAUAGUGAAGAGGGCUAUCACAUUAAUGCUAACAGCCCUAAUGAAGCUUUUACGCUUAAAAAUGGGUCUUUAGGAGGGCAGGAAGAUAAAGAAGGGAAAGUUAUGUUUAAAGUUAGCUCCCCUAUUAGUGCACUUAAACAUAUUAGUGCAAGAACUCCUGUAAUAGGUGAAAGUAAAGUAAAAAGAGCAAAAGAGUUUACAGUUGAUGCCUCUAUUGACAGUAAAGCAGUUCUAGAGGGAGAUAUCUUUGCAGCCAAGCUACAGUUCCUUGAGGGAUCAGUAAUUGCUAAUGGUAAUAUAGGGGUAGGAGCUGACGGAGAGACUAUAGCUAGCUCCCAAGGUCCCGUACAUCUUACUCUCUAUUCUAGCCCACAGUCUAAAGCACGAACAGUGGAUUUUGGAAAAUUACAGGUUGAUCAUUCUCUAAUUAUCAACGCUCAUGCUCAAUUAUCUCUUACUGCAAAUAUGACACACAGCAAAAACGGGGUAAAGUUAAAUGUUUUAGAAGGUAGAACAACCAAAAGCGGUAAUUGGAAGGGUAGUAUUAAUUUCUUGGACACUAGUCCAGAGGGAGCUGGUUCGAUUUUAGAAUUAGAGGAUAAUUAUAGAUUAGAAGGAAAUAUUAACGUGGCCCCUGGAACAACUGAUCCUACCCUGGGGAAUUUAAUUGCUAAUAAUGCUAUUGUUAUGGGAGAUAUUGGUAAAACUGUUCCUCUUAGUACUCUGGUUAUUAAUGAUGGUAAAAUAUUUGCAGUAAAAGGUGAAGUGUAUUUGAAAGGGGAAACUACUUUAAAUGAUCGUGCUAAAUUAAUAAUAGAGAAGGAUUAUACGACAAGUCGUGUUAAUACGUGCGGCGCGGAGGCGGAAAUCAGGGUUUAA